GGGACUUUGGAUGAUCGGAAACAAAAGAUUCACCCUGCAGAAGGUGUGACUCUUACUGUUCGCAGUUUCCAGUCAUCAUCAGUGCAAUGCACUCUGCAAGGUACUCCUCCUCUACCUGCAUUCUCAAUGGAUGGGGAUUUUGUAAUUGGAGGAACUUUCUUCAUUCACUACAAAAUGCAAACUGUGAUCAAUAACUACACCACCAAGCCUGAACUUCCAAGAUGCACAGGAAGCUUUAAUGCCCGGGAGCUGCGCUUCUCCCGUACAAUGAUCUUUGCAAUUGAGGAGAUAAACAACAACACAAACUUGCUGCCAGGUGUCAGACUUGGUUAUCAGAUCUAUGACACCUGCGCCUCUGUGCCAGUGGCUGUGCAUGUUGCGUUUCAACUAUUAAACGGACAGAACCCUGUGUUCUCUAAAGACAGUAACUGUUCACAGUCUGGAGUGGUGAUGGCUGCGGUUGGAGACUCUGGAUCCACUCCAUCGAUCAGCAUGUCACGCAUAAUGGGGCCCUUCAACAUCCCCCUGGUGAGCCACUUUGCCACUUGUGCCUGCCUUUCAGAUAAACAGCAAUUUCCAACAUUUUUCAGAACAAUUCCUAGUGACCAGUUCCAAGCUGAUGCCCUAGCCAAGCUGGUGAAAUACUUUGGUUGGACUUGGAUAGGUGCUGUCCACUCAGAUUCAGAUUAUGGAAAUAACGGCAUGGCAUCCUUUAUUAAGACAGCAAACAGAGAGGGGAUCUGUGUGGAGUACAUUGAAUCAUUUUAUCGGACUGACCCACAGAGUAAAAUCAGAAGAGUUGCCGAUGUUAUCCGCAGGUCAUCAGCUGUAGUUGUGGUGGCAUUUACAGCUGCUGGUGAUAUGAAGUUCCUAUUGGAAGAGUUAGCUCGGGACCCUCCUCCACCUCGUCAGUGGAUUGGAAGUGAAUCCUGGAUAACUGACCCACACUCAAUGAGCUUCAGUUUCUGUGCAGGAGCGAUCGGAGUUGCCAUUCAGCAAUCUGUCAUCCCAGGUCUGAGAGACUUCCUUCUGGAUCUCUCUCCAUCUAAAGUGGCUGCCUCCUCAGUUCUUACUGAGUUCUGGGAGGAUGCAUUCAACUGCAGCCUAAGAAAAAAUGUUCAUCUAAAGAAGAAAGAAUGUGAUGGGACAGAAGAUAUUAAAGGGCUUAAAAGCCCAUACACUGAAACAUCUCAGUUUAGAAUUACCAACAUGGUCUACAAGGCUGUUUAUGCAAUAGCACAUGCCAUCCACAAUGCUGUAUGUAAGGAAACAAAUGACAAGAAUCAGUGUGAUAAGCACAUGCAUUUGGAGCCUAAACAGAUUUUUGCUGAAUUACAGAAAGUAAACUUUAAUCAAAAUGGGUACCAUGUCACAUUUGAUGCCAAUGGAGACCCUGCAGCUUUUUAUGAGCUUGUAAACUGGCAAAAGAGCGAAAGCGGAGUUAAUGUACUGGUAAAAGUGGGGUACUAUGAUGCUUCCCUGCCAGUAGGCAAGGAGUUUAGUAUCACCAGGAAUUUAACCUGGAUGGAAGGUCCCGGUGUCAGUAUGCUCUCAAAGUUGUCCUCAAGGAACUCGUAAAGUUUUGCAGAAAGGAAAGCCCAUUUGCUGCUAUGAUUGCACACCAUGUCCUGAAGGAGAGAUUAGUAAUAUGACAGAUUCUCCAGAUUGCUUCCCAUGCCUCAAAGAGUUUUGGCCAAACCCAAGGAAAGAUGCUUGUUUUCCCAAAGCUGUGGAGUUUCUUUCCUUUGAUGAAGUCCUGGGAAUUAUUCUGGAAAUAUUCUCUGUCACAGGGGCCUGUCUGGCCAUCAUAACAGCAGUGGUUUUCUUCUAUCACAGAACAACUCCAAUUGUCAGAGCCAACAACUCUGAGCUGAGCUUCCUGCUGCUCUUCUCUCUGACUCUGUGUUUCUUAUGUUCAUUAACUUUCAUUGGAGCACCUUCAGAGUGGUCCUGCAUGUUGCGGCACACGGCAUUUGGCAUCACCUUUGUUCUAUGCAUCUCCUGUGUUCUUGGAAAAACUAUAGUGGUUUUAAUGGCCUUUAAAGCUACACUUCCAGGUAGUAAUGCCAUGAAAUGGUUUGGUCCUCCACAGCAAAGACUCACUGUACUGACUUUUACAUUUAUUCAAGUUAUAAUAUGUACUGUAUGGUUAGUUCUGAGUCCUCCCUUUCCUGUAAAAAAUCUAACUACAUACAAAGAGAAGAUCAUCUUGGAAUGUGCAUUAGGCUCUGCUGUUGGCUUCUGGUCUGUGCUCGGCUACAUCGGCCUACUGGCUGUUUUUUGUUUUGGGUUAGCUGUUCUAGCUCGGAAACUACCUGAUAAUUUUAAUGAAGCUAAGAUGAUAACUUUCAGUAUGUUGAUAUUCUGUGCUGUCUGGAUCACCUUCAUUCCAGCAUAUGUCAGCUCUCCUGGGAAAUUUACUGUGGCA